UGCACGCGUUUCCUUUGUAUUAUUGUUCUUUGUUUGUCCAUUUUUCGCUCUUAUAGAACACAGCUGUGUGGUGACUAGGUGAAGCACAGAUGUCUUUAGAGAUGUACUUGCAUGUAAAUUUACAGAGAAGUCCGUACAUUGUUCUCCAAUGAAAAAAACACCAGUUACCCAUCUACCCAGUGGGUGGAGAGACGCUGAUGAAGCUGCCUGGGUUGUAAUGAGUCAGAAACAGUCACAGCAGCAGUUUCAUCCGGUGACAUCGUACCGAGUUUUAAAUGGACAAUGAGGAGCUCAGUCAGAGUUUUUCACCGUUGAUCUGUUUGACUCUCACCGUGUUUUUGCUGCAGUUCACCUGCAUGUCUGCUGAAGGUCCGUUACAGGUGAUAGGAUCACCUCAGCCCAUCGUGGCCACUCCGGGCGAUGACGUCAUCCUGCCGUGCCACGUGGAGCCUCCGGUGAACGUGGCGGGGCUAACGGUGGAGUGGUCGAGGCCCGACCUUCGACCUGAUCCCAAUGAUCUGCAGAAGCGGGUCGGUUUUGUGCAUCUUUACCGGGACAGCCGGGAGGUCCUGGACAUGAAGAUCUCGUCGUACGUCCUGAGGACGGCGCUGUUCUUAGACGACCUGAGACGAGGCAACAUAUCGCUCAAGAUCACUAAUGUGACGCUCGCAGACGAAGGGAGAUACAGAUGUUUCAUCCCAAAGUUAAAAAGCCUGAAAAAAUCUUCUAUUAUUCGUCUUGACAUUGAUCAAAGCUCAAAUAAGACGUCAACAGAGACGCCGCUAUAUCCCAAAAUCCUCCAAACUCCGGGUCCUACAGAAGAGAUGCACAGUGAGGCAGGUGACAUGUCCAGUCGGAGCAGACUGGCCCCCCUUUUCGCCUUUUUGCUGAUUGUGGCUUUUGUAGUUGGAGGAUUUUUAGUUCGUGUGUGUGUGUGGAAAAAAAAGAAAGAAGGUAAGUCAGAUGCUUUAUUUUUUAUUCUUGGCUUCUAUGUAUUUUCUUCAAGUGCUGGAAAAUAAAGGAAACAGAAUGUGUAAUUUGUGUGUAGAUCUUUUUCUUUGGGAGACAGUUGACUAA